AUGCUGGCGCUGCUGUGUUCCUGCCUGCUGCUGGCGGCCCGCGCCUCCGCGGAUGCUACUGAGUAUGCCGGUGCGGUGGAUAUGGAAGCCAACACCGCAGAGCAAAUCCACGACAUGCACGCCAAAGUGACGGAUCUGUGGCGGGAGCUGACCCAGGAGGGGGCGCGGGAAGGAUGGCCGGACAGUGGGCUCCAUGCCGCCUGCCACGUGCAGCCGUCUGCGUCGCUGGACCCCGCGCAACCCCGCAUCACUGGCCUCGUCCUCUUCCGGCAGCUGGCCCUGGGCGGCAAGCUCGAGGCCUUCUUUGACCUGGAGGGCUUCGGCGACGACGCCAACGGCUCCAGCCGCGCCAUCCACGUGCACCAGUUCGGGGACGUGAGCCAGGGCUGCGGGGCCACCGGGCCCCACUACAACCCACUGGGUGUGCAGCACCCGCAGCAUCCGGGCGACUUUGGCAACUUCUUGGUGCGCGACGGCCACCUCUGGAAGUACCGCGCCGGCCUGGCCGCCUCGCUGGCCGGGCCCCACUCCAUCCUGGGCCGCGCCGUGGUGGUCCAUGCGGGCGAGGACGACCUGGGCCGCGGCGGCAAUCAGGCCAGUGUGGAGAACGGCAACGCGGGCGCGCGGCUGGCCUGCUGCGUGGUGGGCGUGUGCGGGCCCGAGCCGUGGGCGCGCCAGAGCGCAGAGCGCAGGAAGCGGCGGCGAGACAGCGAGUGCAAGGCCGCCUGA